AUGUCAAAGCAAAGCCCUCCUAGGAUUGGUGAGGAUUAUGGAGCAUGGAAAAAGGAGAUAAAAAUCUGGGAGUUAGGGACAGAUGUCGCGGUAAAGAAACAAGCUCCUACGGUUAUUGGGGUAUUGGGUGGAGACUACAAAACUGUUGCAAUUGAAAUGUCUCUAGAAGAUAUGGUCAAAGAUAAUGGUUUGGAACUUUUAAUCACACAUCUAGACAAGGUGUUUGAGAAAGACAAAAAUGAUAUGGCCUAUGAAAGGUAUGUUAUUUUUGAAGAUAUAAGAAGAAAUCAAGAUGAAGAAGUCGCAGACUUCAUGAUUCGUUUUGACCGUGCUAUGAAACAAGCUAAAGCUAUUGACAUUACUUAUCCUGAUAAUGUGCUUGCUUUCAAAUUGAUGAGGUCCAUGGAUCUGAGUGCUGAUGAACAGAAAAUGAUCAUGACUGCUUGCACUGAUAUUAAAUAUGACUCAAUGCAGUCUGUCAUCAAACGUAUCUUGGGUGGAAAAACCAGCACAUGUGGAUCAAAUGAUAUCAAAAUUAAGCAGGAGACACAAGAGUCGUUCUAUGCCAGACAAGGACAAAAGAACUACCAAAACUACAGAUCAGGGAACAAAUUCAGCUCAAAUAAUAAUCAACAGUAUUACCCGAACGGUAAUCAGCAGCAACAUCAGGGCAAGAACAAGUACAUAAAUCGAAAGGACAAGUAUGGGAACAUAACGUUGUGUUUGAUAUGUGAUUCAAAGUAUCAUUUGGUGCGAGAAUGCCCACGCAAAAGUACACCAUCCUUCUUUACACGCUCAGUCCAAGGAGAGCUGGAAAGUGAACCUAAUCUGGAGAAAGUUACAGAGAAGGUGAAACUUCAAUAUUUCACCAAAGAGUAUUCCUCACCCCAAGCUAUUUACCUUGCUGAAUCAUUUGGUAAUGCUAUUUUGGAUACUGGUUGUACCAAAACAGUGUGUGGUGAAUUAUGGUUGAAGGAUUUUGUGAAAAAGUCCAAAGUUGUUCUCGAAACCUCUCCUUCUUUGUCUGUGUAUAGGUUUGGUGAUGGUGACCCUAUCAGAGCAACAAAACAGGUUCUUCUGCCAAUGAAUCUUGAUGGUGAGUUGUUUGAUCUAAAAUGUGAUGUGGUAAAUGAUGAUAUACCUCUUUUAAUUAGUCAAGAGACUAUGCAGAAUACUGAGACUGUCAUUGAUAUGGUCAACAACCGUGUUAGUAUGUUUGGGAAGGACAUUCCCACUUCUUUCACCUCUACUGGGCUAAUAAUGAUUGAUAUGUUGCCUCACAUUGAGAUUGAUGAUACAUUUGAAGACCACUUAGAAGAAGCAGCUACCGUUAAUGUCUGUCAGUUUGUCGAAAAGAAAUUGGACAAAGCUUCGGUGAAAAAGCUUCAUUGUCAGCUGGGACAUGGUUCAUAUGACAAGCUCAGGCGACUACUUAGUGAUGCUGGUUUGGGAGAUGUAGAUUUGUUUAGAGUUCUACAAGAGGUCAUUGAAACUUGUGAGAUCUGUCAAGUUUACAAGAAGGCUCCUGCUAAACCAUGCACAUCAUUUCCAAGAGCUCGAGGAAUAAAUGAAUCAGUUGCCAUUGAUCUGCACAAGCUGGAUAAUAAUUUGUACUACCUGCACAUCAUUGAUGAAUUCUCUCGGUUUAGUCAGGCUGGGAUUGUCAGGUCCAAGAAGACUAGUGAGAUUAUUGAUGUUCUCAGUCAGAAAUGGAUAUCCGUCUUUGGGUGCCCUUCAUUGAUAUUCUCUGAUAAUGGUGGAGAGUUUUGUUCCAAAGAGUUUGAAGAUUGGACACAGAAUUUCAACAUUGAGCAUAAGACUUCUGCUGCCUAUAGUCCUUUCUCAAAUGGAAUAGUUGAGCGGCAUAAUGCUGUAAUUUCCUUGAUGAUGCUGAAACUGGCUGAAGAAUUUCCAAAUACUAAUGUUGAUACCAUACUCAGCUGGGCGUGUAGUGCAAAGAACUCACUCAGUACUGUUGCGGGUUUCUCACCCAAUCAGCUCAUGUUUGGGACACAAACAUACCUGCCCAAUGUCCUCAACUCAAGUCCACCUGCUCUUGAGAAUGAAACAUCAAGUAAAGUAGUCGCUAGUCAAUGA